AUGAUUGAAGGAAUUGUGCAAAAUAUAUCUAUCGGUAGUGGAAUUGUGUGGUCGUUCGCUGCUUUAAUCGUUUUCUAUCUUGGAUAUGACUUAUAUACGGACUACAAAGUCUCCAGGCUAGGAGCAUUUGCUCCCCGGAUUAAAACUUAUAUGCCACUGAGCGCCGACUUUAUUUUCAGGGGAUUCAAAGCUGCGAAAAAGCACAAGGAUCUCGGAUUUUUCACGUCCAUUUUUGAAACUACGCCUUCACAAUGCGGCGGUAAUAUUUCGACAGCUGAGCUUAAAGUUCGUCCUUAUGCGCGCAAUAUCUUCACUGCUGAUCCAGAGAACAUCAAGGCUGUUCUGACUAGUCAGUUCAGUGAUUAUGGAAAGGGAUGGCGCUUCCAUAGAGAGUGGAAAGAUUUCCUGGGAGACAGCAUUUUUGCGACUGAUGGCGAGCUCUGGUCACGAUCCAGGCACUUGAUUCGGCCAAUGUUUGCAAAGGAGAGAUUUGUCGACACUGAGAUCUUUGAAAAGCACAUUGAAAAGCUGAUCCCACGACUUGCGAAGAACGAUAGCGGUGGAAGAAUUGUCGAUAUUGGACCAUUGUUUUUUAGAUUUACUCUGGAUGCUGCAACCGAUUAUCUUCUUGGAAAGAGUGUCGACAGCCUUGAUGAUCCUAAGACCGAAUUUGCCGAAUCUUUCCAAUUCGUUCUACAUAAGCAGUCAAUACUCUUCAGAGCUGGGCCCCUUCGGAAAUUCAUUUCAGAACAUGAAUUCAAAGCUAAUAUCCGAAAGAUGAACGAUUUCAUUCAACAGUUCAUUGAUCAAGUGCUAGCCCUGACUCCUGAAGAACUAGACAGCAAGCUGUCAAAGCAAGACACCUUCCUCCACGCACUUGCAAGGUUUACCCGCGACCCAGUUGUGCUCCGUGACCAACUUGUUGCAAUUCUUCUUGCCGGUCGUGAUACCACCGCAGCUACACUCGCCUUUGCCAUGUUUGAGCUCUCUCGUCAUCCUGAAACUGUUAAGAAAGCGCGAGCAGAGAUUUUCGCAACAUGUGGUACCAGCAAGCCAACCUAUACCGAUCUGAAAGCCAUGAAGUAUGUCAAUGCUAUUAUCAACGAGACUAUGCGUCUAUACCCUGUCGUACCGUUUAAUGUCCGCCAUGCUGUUGUCGAUACCACUCUCCCCCGUGGCGGCGGUCCUGAUGGCAAGUCUCCCAUUGGUGUCCCUGCUGAUACCCGAAUUCUGUACUCAACCAUGGCCAUGCAACGACGUCGUGACCUCUAUGAUCCACCACCAUCAUCCGUAUCACCGCCAGAUGAAAAGGCUAAGCCUUGGUAUGAUCCCCUUGAGUUCCACGCAGAACGAUGGACUUCUGGUUGGCAACCCAAACCAUGGCAUUUUAUCCCCUUCAACGGAGGUCCAAGGAUAUGUUUGGGCCAGCAAUUUGCGACCAUUGAAAUGGGAUAUACAAUAACCCGUAUUCUGCAGCACUUUUCUGAGGUGACCGGCAUCGGAUGCCCUCCACCAGGAACUGAUCCUGUUCUCAGAACCGACGUGACUCUCUCCCCAGGCGAAGAAUUCAAUUGUGUCUUCGGCCGCGAAGGAUCUGUCUAA